CACGCGGUGUAGCGGUGCGGAGCUGCGCCCGACUGUACAGCAGUGACGACACGACAGCGCCCUGGUGGCCGAUGCAGCCAUGUCCGCGAGGAGCAGGCCCCGCCUGCCCAAGAAGCGCUCCGGGGACGCCGACUCCGCCGGCGGCCGCAGGAAGGCCGAGGACGGCGCGAGGCGGACCAGGUUCGACUGGUCGCGCGUCAAGGUGCCGGCCAAGCGCGACUUCGUGGACUACGUGCACGGCAAGGCGGUGAACUUCGAGCAGCCCGACGUGCGCGUGGUGGCCGGAGACCUGGAGUUCAACUGCCACGCCGCGGUGCUGCGCAGCUACUCGGGCUUCUUCCGCGAGAACACGGCUCCGUGCGCGGUGCUGCCGCCGGCCGCCGCCUCGUCGGCCACCUUCAGCGCGCUCUACGACUGGAUGCUGGCGGCCGGCGAGGACGCGCACUCGGUGCUCAACCGGGACAACGUGGUGGACGUGCUGGCGUCGGCGCGCCGCCUGCGCGUGCCCGGGCUGGCGCGCCUCUGCGAGCGGCUGCUGGCCGACGAGACCUUGUUCCCCGAGUACGCCGCCUUCUGCGUCAUGGUGGACGCGGGCGGCCGCGAGGGCCUGGACGACGUCAGGGACCUGAUGCUGCCGCGCGUCAGCCGCUGCUUCCUGCACCUCGUGGCCACCGACGACUUCGCCCGCCUCUCCGCCGACGAGGCGUGCCGACUCCUCGGCUCCGACCACAUCGCUGUGCACGGGGAGCUGGAGGUGCUGUUCGCGGCCUCGCUGUGGCUGCUGGCCGACUGGGACGCGCGCCGGCCGCACCUGCCGGCGCUGAUGAGGUGCGUGAGGUUCGGCCUGGUGCCGGCCGAGCACCUGCUGGCGCUGCGCGGCGCGCACGGCGAGCCCGAGCUGCGCGAGCUGGUGUCUCCCGCCAGCGUGCAGGAGCUGCUGAGCGACGGGCUGUCCUACUCGGCGCUGCGCGGCUCCGCGGCUCCCGGGGACCCGGCCGAGCUCGAGCAGAAGGCCCGCUCGCUGGGCUGCCGGCCGCAGGUACCCCGCUGCCCGCUGCGAGACGGCGAGGCCUGCCCCGCCAGCUACCGCGAGUUCCUCGAGGCCGUGGAGUUGCGCCGGCCGUCCCGGGCCUUCCAGCGGCGCCAGCAGGAGCGCAGGGCGCUGCCGCUCUACCAGAGGCCCGCCAGCCUGCCCAGGGAGACCGCCGGCUGCUUCGUGCGCAACAGCGCGGUCCUCGGCCCCGCCGACAUGGCGCAAACGUCCAGCCACUACGCCCCGCCCGACGGCCUCCACGCCGAAAGACCCGGGGAGCAGGGAUCGGCGGGGAGCCGCGACUCGACGGCGGGGCUGACCUCAGGGGCGUCCGGCUCGGCGAGCGACUGCCACUCGUCGACCAACAGCCUGCUGACCUGCAACGCGAGCACGCAGACGCCCUUCCCCGAGCUGGAUGACGAGUGAGGGGGCGAGGAGGAUCCUUCUCUUCGACGUCCUGGUGCGCGAGGUCGCGGCGUCUGCGGCGAGCGCUUUCCGCUGUCGUGUCGCCGGCGGAGCUGCAGCAUUGGACAUGGACAGAUGUCGUUGUUACAUGAUCGCUAGCUUCGCUGUUAUAAGUCGAGUGUGUAAUAAUUAAAAUAAUUAAUGUAGUGGUGGA